AUGGAGGAAGAUGGAAAGAUGACUGGCUUGGCAAAUGGUUUCUACGGUUCAUCAAGGCCUUGUUACGGUCUUAAGAAGGCUCAACACGAUUACUGGAGAACAACGAAACCAGUUCAUGAAGGAAACUCAGGGAAGCAACUGAUGCAGAAAAUUGCAGAAUUGGUUCUCAAACAUCCGGAAAGAGUGAAGAAGCAGGAUUCUCAGAAAGCAAAGAAGCAAGAACCUCAGGCGUAUACUUCAAAAGUUAACGAGCUCGAAUUGAUCUCUACCGCUAUUUUGUAG